AUGGGUGAAAAAGCACCUGAAGAUGAUGAACAGCAAGAAACUCGAUUACGUUGGGAUAAUAAAGCUCAAUUUAUAUUGGCGACUAUCGGCUUUGCUGUUGGCCUAGGAAAUGUUUGGAGAUUUCCUUACUUAGUUCAGAAGAACGGUGGAGGUGCUUUCCUUAUCCCGUAUUUCAUAAUGUUAGUCAUCGAAGGAAUACCCAUUUUUCACUUGGAAUUGGCUAUUGGUCAGAGAUUACGUAAUGGCCCUGUUGGGUCCUGGAAUCUUAUUUCUCCGAAAUUAAAAGGUGUUGGAGUAGCUGGCUUAUUAGUAUCCAUCGUUGCCUCCUCCUACUAUAUCAUUAUCAUUGCGUACUGUUUAAUGUACCUCUUCAGUUCUUUUCAAGUGGUCCUUCCUUGGAGUCGUUGUCCAACGUAUACACCGCCCGGUCAACCCGCUAAUGUGACACUUCCUGUAGAAGAAUGCGCCAAUAGUAACCCUGUUGUAUACUUUUUCUUCCGUGAAGUGAACGAUGUCUCUAACAACAUUAAUAUAAGUGGUGGUUUAUACUGGAAAUUAACCUUAUGCUUGCUAGGCGGUUGGAUUAUCAUUUAUUGCAGUAUCCUCAAGGGUAUUAAAUCAUCUGGAAAGGUCAUAUACUUCACUGCAACAUUCCCGUAUUUGGUAUUAUUCAUUUUCAUGAUUCGUGGAUUUACGUUACAUGGAUUUGAAAACGGCUUAUUACAUCUAGUAACACCUCAAUUUGAAAAGCUGAGAGACCCACUGGUCUGGUUAGAUGCUGCAACACAAAUAUUUUAUUCUCUAGGUGUUGGUUUCGGUUCACUAAUAGCUUUUGCUAGUUACAAUCCAAUCAAGAAUAAAUGUGGAAGAGAUGCAGUUUGUGUAUCGUUAGUCAACUGUUGUACUUCGCUUUUUGCUGCUGUUGUUGUAUUUUCCGUGCUGGGUCAUAUGGCUACUACUAAAUAUGAUGCGUGUAUAAGUUCAGUUAAUGCAACGAUGGGCAUGGAAGCUGCUUUAAACAAAUGCAAAAUUGCGGACUAUCUUGACUCGGUCGGUAGUGGCCCUGGCCUCGUAUUUAUUGUUUUUGCUGAUAUUAUUGCUGGCUUCUCUCCUCCACAAUUUUGGUCAAUAAUAUUUUAUUUCAUGUUACUAACUCUUGGCAUUGAUAGCAUUUUUGGCGCAAUGGAAACAAUCCUUACAACACUCACGGAUUCUGCAUACUUUAAAAAGAUCAGGAAAGAAGUUCUUGCAGGUACUGGGAUCUGCUUCUGUCUAUUUUUGUUUGGCUUCAUUUUUACUCAACGCUCUGGUCUCUAUUUCGUUGAAGUCUUUGAUGCAGUAAGCUUGCCGAUUCCGUUACUUGUUAUCGCAUUGGCUGAGGUAUCUGGAAUUCUAUUCGUUUAUGGUCCGAAAAGAUUAUGUAAUGAUAUCGAAUACAUGACUGGAGAUCAACCAAACCUGUACUGGAAAGCUUGCUGGUUUAUAAUAACUCCAUUAUCAAUCGUUGUGAUCAUAAUUGCAACUAUUAUUCAGCUCGCUCAAUCAACGCUGAUGUACAGCCAGUGGUCAAAAGAGACGGCUUCGGGAGCGUCACUUCCGUAUCCUGGAUGGCUAACGGCCUUUAUGUUUUGCGUAAUCUUGUUGCCGAUCCUCGCAAUACCUGGCGCAGCGCUUGUAGAAUUCUUUAAAACGAAAAAUCUAACAUUGCAUGAAUUGGAUGGUUCUUAUCGCAAUGAAAACCCCAAACAACAGAACGGAAUAUCAACAAGUUAAGAAAUAGCUGUUUUAAAACUAAUAAAGGAAGAAAAUUUUCACUCCAGAAUAUCUAAG